AUGGAGUAUAUUGCAUAUACAGAUGCCAAACUUAAAUUUAUUGGAACUCGAAAGCACUUUUUUAGAGAUAAAUAAUAUUAUGUGAGUGUAUUUGAGGAUUAUUUUGUAAUGGGGAUUGUAAAUCAUUCCAUUUAUAUAAAAUAGACAAGUGAUACACAAUAACCAAAGUAUAAAAUCAACUUUGAUCUCAGCAUUAAAUUAAAUUGGGACUUAAAAAAACAGAAAAACAACAUAAUUAUUUAAUCCUUUACUUUUCCAUACAAAAAUUCAUUCAAGACUCUAUAUGCUAAUCAUGACGAUUUGAUGAAGUAACUUUUAUAUUGUAUUACUUUAUUUUCCAGAUUCAAAGAACUUCUUGGUCUAUCAGUAACAUAUGAAGGCAUAGGUGAUCUAUAUAUUCCAAUUUCAUAAAUUGGGAAAGGCAGUUCAGCCAAAGUAAUUUCUAAAUUAAUUUAAGGUAUACAGUGCUUAAAAUAUUUUGAAUUAAAAUACAUAUGCAAUCAAAGCUAUAGAGAAAUCAUUUUUAAAUUAAACGGAAAAAGGCUAGGGUUUAGUAAUUUUUUAACUUAAUUUAUGAACUAGGCAGCUUAUAAAAUGGAAGUAAGAAUUCUUAAAAUCCUAUCUCCUUAUCAAUAAAGCUUUCUUAACUUAAAGGAGAUAUAUGAAGGAGAUUAAAUAUAUUAUUUGGUAACAGAUUAUUUAGAGGGAGCAAGUCUUAGUGAAGAAAUAGAAAGUGCAAAAGUAAUAUUUCAAUUUAUUUAUAGAAUCUCCCUGAUCGUAGAUUACCUAUCCAAACUAUAAAAAUAUUAAUGUACAAAUUAUUAUCAAAUUUAGCUUUGCUACAUGAAAAUAAAGUAUUUAAUAAAAAUAUAAUGAAAGAUUAUCCACAGAGAUCUCAAACCAGACAAUCUUAUGUUUGCCAAAAAAAAUGAUUAUUCAUCAUUGGUUUUAGUAGAUUUUGGAUUGGCUACACUAGAAUAUCUUGAUAAGUAUAUCUUUAAAAUGAAUAUUAGAUUUCUAUUUCCUAAAUGUGGAACUCCAGGAUAUGUUGCUCCAGAAGUUCUUACUUUAAAUUCUGAGAAUAAAUACACAACAAAAGUAGAUAUUUUUAGUAGUGGUUGUAUUCUUUAUAAAUUGUUGACUGGUAAAAGCAUAUUUGGAGGCAAAACAUUUGAUGAUGUUUUAAGAGCAAAUAAGAAAUGCUAUAUUGAUUUGGAUCUUCCUCCUGAUCACAUUUAUUUGACAGAUCUUUCUCUAGUAAUUAAUAAAAUAUAUAAUUGUAGAAUUUAUUAAGUUAAUUAUUAAACAAAAAUGCAAAAUAAAGAAUAACUGCUAGAUAAGCUCUUCGUCAUCCAUUUUUUGAUUAAAUUAAUGAUUAAAGCACUUAAGCAUUAUCAAUUUUUGUAACAAAUGUGAAAUUUAGUCAUAAUGGGAAUUUAAAUUUAUAAUGUGAAGAAUAAAUGUCUAAAUAUGAUAUUGAAGAGAAUUAGAUAAAUAGUGAAAUGAAGGAAGAUGAAUAAAAUACUAUUUCAAUUCCUGCAACAAAAAGAUGUUCAUUAAUGAAUGAAUUCUAAUCAUAGUCUAGGUCUCCAGUUAAAUUUUAUUAAAAAGAACCCUUAUCUGCAAUAAGAUGUUUUAAAUUGUUUGACUUGGCUAGUCCAAGGGGAGAUUCAAAUGAAAUUGAAAGUGAAUGA